UUUUGGGGGCUGACUCUUGAUUUGCAGCAAGCAGCAGCAGCUUCCGAGCGAGCAUGUCUUCGCCGCCUAAAGUCAAAACAGAGACCCGGGCUGGACACCCUCCUGCUGUCAAAGCUGGUGGAAUGAGAAUCGUGCAGAAACAUCCACAUGUCGUAGAAACCAAAGAGGAGAAAGAGAAGGAGCAAGAGGACUGGGAAACUCCUGGCACCAGUCCACCUAAACCAACUGUGUUCAUUUCUGGAGUCAUUGCAAGGGGUGAUAAAGACUUCCCUCCAGCUGCAGCCCAGGUGGCUCAUCAGAAACCGCAUCCCUCUGUGGAAAAGCAUCCUCCCGCACAACAUGUCAACCAACACAUCCACCAACCUCGCAAAUGAAGCUCCUGUCCCAGGAUCCAGCCAUAGUGUUUACGGAUGGAAUGAUUAAGAGAUUUGUGCUACCAGAUCUUUUGAAAGUGCUAUCUCAUGCUUUUGCCUUAAUUGCCUAUGGUUUAAAUGGUUAAAAAGGGGUGGGGGGUGGGGAGGGAAGAGUCUUCAAUCCUACAACUCAGCUGGGGGAAAAACAUGUUCCUGUGUACUGCCAAUAAAAAAAAUAUAUGGUCAUAGAAAUGUAACGGGAUUGGGAAAACCUAGAUCUUUGAAUAAUUAUUUUAAACUUUUUCAUUUCUGGAUUUUGGCACUACUGGAAUGCAUUAGGAUUGGGAAGAAAAGAGGUGUAUUUACUUUUUGCCUGCCCUCUUCUGGUGAGAGGUUUUCAAUGUAUGAGUAAGACUUUUAGGGCAUCCUUGCAAUUAUUUUUAUUAUUUUCUUCUUCUUUUUCCUCAAACAUGUUUGAGGAAGGGCCGGCGCAAUUAUUUUUAUUUUAGUCUAGGAUAUGAAAGGACCAGAAAUUUUUCAGAUGGGUAGAUCUCUCUUGCAAAGUGUGGGUCUUUAGGAGAUUUAUGUCGCAGCCUAGCCAAAGAUGAGCCAACUGGUUGGCCCAAAGUCUACAUUCCCCCCAAAAAACAACAACAACAGAGCAAUAAGAGGCAAGAAUCCAAAUAAAAUGGCAAGAUUGGAUGGUCUACCUAUUGCUACACUUUCUACAUGCUCAGAAAGUACAGAAACUUGAAACAGAUUUGAUGCCUGCAGGAAUAACACAUGACAGCACAACCAUUCCUAAAUAGAUAGCUUCAAAUUGUAGGAUCCGGGUGAAUCACAUGUUUGAAUGCUCUGCCUACAAUCUGAAGUGCCUGCAGUCCAGGAAGGACCCCGCCAUAUACAAACUUGAAUAAUCUUACAGUGACAAUUUAAGAUCUAUGUUAUAUUAAUGCAGUAACGUGUGAAGUACUGGUGGACAAUGACUUGUCCUUUUAUUUCAUCACAGCAAGCAGAGUAAAUUAGCUCUAGUGUGUGGCAAGUGAUCUCAAGAUGGUGGUGUGUAUUCUCAUAAAUAUCUGUUAGAUCCAUUACACUCACUGGGGAACAAGAUGAGUGUUGCAUUGCACACCUGGAGAUCUCCACCAGCUGCCUAUAAGGAUAUCCACUGCUAGAUUUGGGAGCAGGGAAUGUAAAAAUCAUUAUGGUGAAAGCUAACCCUGGUCCUGCAAACAACCUUGUACUUCGGAAUCACUUGGUUCUGUAUACUGUACCCAAAUUUCAUUUACAUUUUUAUAGGUACUUUAUUUUUUAAAUGGUGAAACCACACCAUUCUUUUUUCUUCUUCUUUUUAAUCCUGUAGACUACAAUGCAUUCCAAUAACUUCAGAAAAAGUUGGCUGCUAAUAAAUCAUUGUUACAAUUUCUCUUCCGGCAACCAUGGAAGAUUUCCACUCCCCUAGGGCUUUGAAUAAUCAUUUAUUUUUAAUGACGAAUAACAUGAGAAAACUGCAAGAGGAGAGAGGUUUAAUAAUAAUAAAAACCCAUUGAAAUACUG